GUGAAGCCUCUGUGUGAUUUUCUGGAGAGUCCACACUGCAGACUGAAGACUCUCAGGCUGACCACAGCUGAUGAAGAAAAGAUAUAUUUCAAACCGGAGGUGAUGCCCAGUGAGGCCAAAAAGGCACAAAUAUCGUCACCGGAACAGAGCCCUGAAAUUUCAUACAGGUACAGGUGUCCUGGUCCAGGUGUGUUCCAGUGUGCUGUGACUGACCUGAUCUUUGGUUUGGAUCAUGAGGCAGAGCUGCAGUACAGGACUGUCCAAUGGGAUGAGAGCUUCCUCCAGUCAGAGGGCAGUAUGGCUGCAGGGCCACUGUUCAAGAUGGAGCCGACUGACAAUGCUGUCAGUCGGCUCCGCCUCCCACACUUUGGGACAAAGGACGCGCUGCUUGCUGAUGGACUGUCUGUCGUCCACAUCACUGAGGACGGGACUAGCAUUCUCAAACCGCUGGAGAUUACAGACACUCAUGUGGUUGUGAAGGUUUCUCAUCUCUCUGCUUUUGGCCUCGUCUGGGAUUUAACGAAAAGGUUAAUGAACAUGCAGCCAGUGUGUGGCCAAGUUCUGCUGUUCUUCCAACCUCCAGACACAGGGCGCAUGGUACUCGAUGUAUUUCUGCUGCCAAGAAACAUCCCUGUGCGUGAGGUUGUCGCCCGACAUGGAGUUACUGAGUACGUCAGGAUGUCAUCUUCCUGUGAUCUUAACGUUGGUGGAAUAUACAGCCUCCACUGUGAGCCUGAGGGCUUCAAGAUACAGCCUGAGCGUGCGCCGUUUAAACCAAACUACACACCAAAUAUCUUUCCAACAUUUGAAGUUUCCCUGACGACGAACACAGAGAAAGUGACUUUGAUGGUCCAGGACCAAGAGGGGACAACAGUCUUGGAACAGACCGUGUGUCUGACAGUCACGACAGUCACCGUCCAGGAUGGAGGCGUCAUCAACAAACCUCAGUUAAGUGGUGUUAACGUGGGAGCGGACCUACACAUGUCGCGAGAGGACCUUUGGAGCACUCUGGAGGAUUUGGGAAGCGAUGAUUUCAGAAAAUUUAAAUGGUAUCUGAAGCAGCCUGACGUCCUGGAUGGAUACCAAACCAUCAAAGUGUCCGAGCUGGAGCAGGCAGACAGACAGGACACCGUGGAUCUGAUGGUGAACACCUAUGGACUUCAUGGAGCUCUGAAGGUGACCAAGAAGGUUUUAGAGAAGAUCAACAGGAACGAUCUGGUCCAGAGUCUGUCAGAGACGAGCUCAGGACCAGAAGAUCCUGCUCUGAACAGAGAACGUAGACCCCAGAAUGGCUCACCAGAGGACAAGUUGUUCUCAAUUCGGAUAGAGUUUGUUAAUCGAGUGUCUGAACCUGUUCUAAACCAGCUGCUGGAUCGACUCCAUCAACAGAGAAUUUUAAAUCAAGAAGAAAUGGAUAUAGCCAGAAGCUGCAGGACCAGUGCUGAAAUGGCUCGAGCUGUGAUCAACAUGGUGCUAAACAAAGGAUCAGUUGCCAGUUCAUCCCUGAUUGAGGGGCUUGUUUCGUUGGAUCCAGCUUUUUCCAAAACUCUGGGGUUGAUCUGAAGUAAAAAUGAGACCCUGCAGAUGAAACGGGAUGAAAUCGACUUCCACUGAUAGUACCAACUGUACUACAAACUGACCGACCACUUCAUUAGGUCCACUUGGACAAUCUAAUGUGAAUCUAAUGUGGAAAUAACAGGCGUGUUGCUUCAGCAAAGCUUCUUAAAACUUCAAUAGAUCAUAGGGUUAGUAUAUAUAGGAUUGGAAUUGGGCCCCAGAAUAUCAGCUGAUCAUACUUUGGACUGAGAAAUCAAUCUUUAACCUGAGUGGACUGCAGAGGCACUGUUCUGAUUCAGUCUUGGCCUAAACUAUUUCAAAAGUAAACUAGAACAUUUCUUUUUUUUUUUUUUUUUUAAAGUAUAUUUUUUGGCCUUUUUAUGCCUUUAAUGAUAGGACAGUUGAAGAUAGACAGGAAGCAGGGGGCAGAGAGAGGGGGAAUGACACGCAGCAA